AAGGUACAGUUUGUUAUCUCUUAUUAGAAUCGCUGCUUUAUCUUUAAUUUUCAAUCAUGGAAAUCCCACUCGCUCAAUACCAAUGCAUGUCAUUAGAUCAAAUGCAGACUAGUUGUAGCUUUCCGUCAUCAAACAAUAAGGUUUUCACAACAAAGCCUUUUUUUUCCGGUUAUUGUUUUCGGUUCGAUCGGAGAAAACGGAGUUACCCAUUUGAUAAAAUCAUGUGUUUUUCACUAGAGCAUGGGCUGCAGCCGCGGCGGCCCAAGCCGAAACCUUCUAGGAAUACUAAUCCUGAAAUGAAAGAAACAGAAGAGACUCAGGUUAGGAAACCCAGUGUGGGGCUUUGUAGUCAGAUAGAGAAGUUGGCUUUGUGUAAUAGGUAUCGAGAAGCGCUUGAAUUGUUUGAGAUUUUGGAACUUGAAGGUGGUUUUGAUGUGGGUUUAAGCACAUAUGACGCACUAGUGAGCGCGUGUAUUGGGUUGGGUUCUGUUAGAGCAGUGAAGAGAGUGUUUAAUUACAUGAUAAAUAAUGGGUUUGAGCCAGAUCAGUAUAUGAGUAACAGGGUGCUGCUUAUGCAUGUAAAAUGUGGGAUGAUGAUCGAUGCGCGUAAGUUAUUUGAUGAAAUGCCGGAGAGGAAUUUGGUUUCAUGGAAUACCAUCACCGUGGGGCUGGUGGAUUUUGGGGAUUACUUGGAGGCGUUUAGGUUGUUUCUGAUUAUGUGGGAGGAGUUCUCUGACUGUGGAUCUCGAACUUUUGCCACGAUGAUUCGGGCAUCUGCAGGGUUGGAACUCAUUUCAGUAGGAAGGCAACUGCAUUCAUGUGCGGUGAAGAUGGGUGUUGAUGAAGAUAUCUUUGUGUCUUGUGCACUGAUUGACAUGUAUAGUAAGUGUGGCAGCAUCGAGGAUGCACAAUGGGUUUUUGCUGACAUGCCAGAGAAGACUACUGUAGGAUGGAAUUCCAUUAUAGCAGGUUAUGCUCUCCAUGGUUACAGUGAGGAAGCGCUGAGUAUGUUUUAUGCGAUGCAUGAUUCUGGUGUUAAGAUGGAUCAUUUUACGUUUUCAAUGAUUAUAAGAAUUUGUUCAAGGUUAGCAUCAAUUGAACAUGCUAAGCAAGCUCACGCAGGUCUAGUUCGUUAUGGUUUUGGGUUGGAUAUAGUGGCUAACACAGCUCUUGUGGACUUCUAUAGCAAAUGGGGGAGAAUAGAAGAUGCUCGACGUGUUUUUGAUAGGAUGCCUUGCAAGAAUACCAUAUCUUGGAAUGCUUUAAUUGCGGGGUAUGGUAAUCAUGGUCGGGGAGCUGAGGCUGUGGACUUGUUUGAGAAAAUGCUUCGAGAAAGAAUGAGACCUAACCAUAUUACUUUUCUUGCUGUGUUAUCUGCUUGUAGCUAUUCGAGAUUAUUUGAACGUGGUUGGGAAAUUUUUCAGUCCAUGAGUAGAGAUCAUAAGAUCAAGCCGCGUGCAAUGCAUUACGCUUGUAUGAUUGAACUAUUAGGUCAAGAGGGACUUCUAGAUGAAGCCUUUGCUUUGAUAAGAGGUUCUCCCUUCAAGCCUACAGCAAACAUGUGGGCAGCUUUGCUAACAGCUAGUCGUGUCAAUGGGAAUUUGGAGCUUGGGAAAUUUGCAGCUGAGAAACUGUACGGAAUGGAACCUGAAAAGCUUAGUAAUUAUGUUGUGCUUUUGAAUAUCUACAACCAAUCUGGCAAGUUAAAGGAAGCAGCUGCUGUUUUACAGACUUUGAAAAGGAAGGGAUUGAGAAUGCUUCCAGCCUGCAGUUGGAUUGAAGUUAACAAACAAUCACACGUUUUCCUUUCAGGAGACAAAUGCCAUGUCCAGACAAAUGAGAUUUACCAGAAAGUUGAUAGCUUGGUACUCGAAAUUUCAAAGCAUGGUUAUGUUCCUGAGGAGAAAACAUUGCUUCCUGAUGUGGACGAACAGGAGCAGCGUGUGUUGUUGUACCACAGCGAGAAAUUAGCAAUAGCUUUUGGACUGAUAAAUACUACGAAUGGAUUACCUCUGCAAAUCGUGCAGAGCCAUCAAAUUUGUAACGACUGCCACAAUGCUAUUAAGUUGAUAGCUCUGGUUACUCGACGGGAAAUUGUCGUGAGAGAUGCCAGUAGAUUCCACCAUUUCAAAGAUGGGAGCUGUUCUUGUGGUGAUUAUUGGUGAUGUUAAAACUUAAAAUAAAUAUUGUUGAAGGUUCUAAUAAUUUUGUCACCUGAUAUUUUCUAUGGCCACUGGUCUGAUUAUUUCUCCAUCACCGAUUUUUCCUCUUUAUUACAAAUAAUGUAAGUCCAAAUGUUGUAGUUGUAAUUUUUCAUAGUUCAUUAAUAGAAAAUUAAUUCUUUUGUGCAAGAAA